AUGGAGGAGCAUUUUGUGUUGCGGUUACCACCGUCGCUGGCUUCGCGAAUGGACCGCGUGCUGCGGGAAGACCCUACGGCCGCCGCCGACGCCGCUAUGGAACUCUUCUUCCAAGCUGACGGUCGUACUGGCUCUUUCGUGAUGGGUGGUGAAUCAUUCUCCGCAUCUCUGCUUGAUCUUCCAGCAGUAGUGGAGUCCUGGAAAACAUAUGAUGACAACUCGCUCGUGAAAACGGCAGAUGUGGGGCAGAUGAUAGUGGUGAGGGAGCCGUCAGAGGCAGAGCGGCCCAUGGAGGGACCAGAGAGUCGCAAUGGCCUCACUCCUCCCAUGCGGGACGUGCGGAGACGACGCUUCAGACGCGAGCCCGACCUCAAUCUGGAAGUGAUGGAGCAUGAGGAGGCAGAGGAAGGGGAUGAGGGGGAAGGAGGGGAGGGGGAAGGGGAGGGGAAGGAGGGAGAGGAGGAAGGAGGGGAGGUGGAAGGGUUGGGAGGCAAGAAGAAGAGAGGAGGGAAGGUGGGGGUUAGGGGAGGGGGGCGAGGAGGAAGAGGGGGGCGGGGGGGACGGGGGAGGGGAGGUGGGAGGGGAGUGGGAGCUGGGGGAAGGGGGCGAGGGAGGGGGUUAGGGAGAGGGGUAGGAGGAGGGGGGAGAGGUGGGGGAAGAGGUGUGGGGGAAGGAGCGGGGAGAGGAGGGGGUAGAGGGGGUGGGAGGGGGAGGGGAAGAGGGAGAGGGAUGAAGAGAAAGGAGGUUGAGGAGGCGGAGAAUGCUGAGGAGGAUACGGAAGGUGGAGGGAAGAGUAGGAAAGUGGGUGAGGGGGGAGAGGAUGAAGAGGGUGAUGCAGAUGUAGGUGAGCCUGAGAAGGGAUAUAACAAAGAAGAGGAGGGUCAUGCGGGGGAAGAGGGAGAGGAGGAAGAGAGGGAUGAGAGGGAGGGAGGUGAGAGAGAAGACGAAGAACCGGAUGAAGAUGCACAUGGGGAGGAGGCAGAAGAGGAGGGUGAUAUGGGUGGGGGAGGAGUACCAGAUGAAGAGGAAGGGGAGGAAGAGAGGGAUGGAGAGGAGGGUAGGGAUGGAGGGAGUGUAGCGGGAGGGGAGGUGGAGGAAGGGGGUAGUAGUGAGGAAGAGGGGAGGGAUGGCGAUGGGUUUGUGGAUGUAGAUGAAGAUGAGGAAGAGCCCUAUUAG